GAACUACAACUCCUAAAAACAAACACAGAGCAACAGAAUAAAAAGAAAAAAAAAAAAACUGAGAACAAGAAGUAGAGAUAGAGAAAUAAAAAGGAGAAAAAAGAGAAAGUUUGAAACGACCUCGUUUUCACUGUUUCUUCUUAAAGAAGAAAGAAAAUUCUCCGAUCUCACUAUAGGUUUAACCAAAAUUAGAUAAUGACCUCGCUUAGUAGAGAGCUUGUUUUUCUUAUACUUCAGUUUCUUGAUGAAGAGAAAUUCAAAGAAACUGUUCAUAAACUGGAGCAAGAAUCAGGAUUUUUCUUCAACAUGAGGUAUUUUGAGGAUAUGGUGACAAAUGGAGAGUGGGAUGAAGUGGAGAAGUACUUGUCAGGAUUCACUAAGGUUGAUGAUAACAGAUACUCUAUGAAGAUUUUCUUCGAGAUUCGCAAGCAGAAGUACCUUGAAGCUUUAGACAAGCGGGAUCGCGCGAAAGCAGUCGAGAUUUUAGUGAAGGAUUUGAAAGUGUUUGCAGCAUUCAAUGAAGAACUUUUUAAAGAAAUUACGCAAUUACUGACAUUAGAAAACUUUAGAGAUAACGAACAGCUAUCUAAAUAUGGAGAUACUAAGUCGGCUAGAAAUAUAAUGCUUGCUGAACUCAAAAAGUUGAUAGAGGCUAAUCCUCUUUUCCGAGACAAGCUUCAGUUUCCAACAUUGAAGAAUUCAAGAUUGCGGACACUUAUUAAUCAAAGUUUGAACUGGCAGCAUCAACUCUGUAAGAAUCCAAGGCCUAAUCCUGAUAUAAAGACCCUUUUUGUGGAUCACAGUUGUGGACAACCAAAUGGGGCACGGGCUCCAUCCCCUGUCACUAAUCCUUUAAUGGGUGCCCUGCCUAAGGCAGGGGGUUUCCCACCGCUGAGUGCUCAUGUUCCAUUUCAGCCGACACCUGCUGCUCUUCCAACAUCUCUUGCUGGUUGGAUGGCAAAUUCAUCUGCUGUACCUCACCCGUCAGCUUCUGCUGGACCAAUUGGUUUAUCGGCACCUAAUAAUGCAGCAAUCAUAAAGCGUCCUAGGACCCCCCCUACGAAUAAUCCAUCUAUGGAUUACCAAACAGCAGAUUCUGAAAAUGUAUUGAAGAGAACAAGACCGUUUGGAAUAUCAGAUGAGGUUAGCAAUCUACCUGUAAAUAUUCUGCCUGUUGCAUACAGUAGUCAGAACCACGGACCGAGUUCCUACUCUUCUGAUGACUUGCCGAAGACUCUUGUUAUGGCCUUAAAUCAAGGUUCAGCAGUUAAAAGCAUGGAUUUCCAUCCGGUGCAACAAAUUUUACUUCUUGUUGGCACAAGCAUGGGUGAUGUGAUGGUCUGGGAGUUGGGUAGCCGAGAGAGGAUUGCUCUAAAGAAUUUUAAGGUUUGGGAGCUGGGUGCACGUUCAGUGGGUCUGCAGGCAUCUCUUACCAAUGAUUAUACAGCAUCAGUUAACCGUGUGGUGUGGAGUCCUGAUGGAGCGCUUUUUGGUGUUGCAUACUCUAAGCACAUCGUGCACCUCUAUUCCUAUCAUGUUGGUGAUGAUGUAAAAAAUUAUCGUGAGAUUGAGGCCCAUAAUGGGAGUGUUAAUGAUCUUGCUUUCUCUUAUCAUGACCGGCUAAGUGUCAUCAGUUGCGGUGAAGAUAGGGUCAUUAAGGUAUGGGAUCCACUUACAGGAAAUCCGAAAUUCACUUUUGAGGGUCAUGAAGCACCUGUAUAUUCUGUGUGUCCACAUCACAAGGAAAGUAUUCAGUUUAUCUUUUCAACGGCUACUGAUGGAAAGAUAAAGGCAUGGUUGUAUGAUAACCUGGGAUCUAGAGUUGACUAUGAUGCACCUGGCCACUCAUCUACCACAAUGGCAUAUAGUGCUGAUGGAACAAGGUUAUUCUCAUGUGGGACAAAUAAAGAGGGAGAAUCACACCUAGUGGAAUGGAAUGAAAGUGAAGGAACUGUUAAGCGUUCUUAUAUUGGUCUGGGAAAGCGGUCUAUGGGGGUUGUGCAAUUUGAUACUACCAAGAAUCGCUUCUUGGCUGCUGGUGAUGAGUUCAUGGUCAAAUUUUGGGACAUGGACAACAUCAAUCUUUUGACCAGUAUUGAUGCAGAGGGUGGACUGCCGGCUUCUCCUUGUAUUAGAUUCAACAAGGAUGGAUCAUUGUUAGCCAUCUCAACAAAUGAUAAUAGCAUUAAAUUUCUAGCAAAUUCAGAAGGCAUUAGACUGCUAAGGACAGUGGAGAAUCGUACAUUUGAUGCUUCCAGGGCUGCUUCAGCAGCUGUUGUGAAGGGACCUGCAAUCGGCAAUUUCCCUACUGGAAAUGCUACUGCUAGUACCAGCAUCAGCAUUGUGGAAAGAGCGGCUGCUGUUGCACCUAUGGUUGGAAUUAACAAUGAUAGUCGAAUUUUGGCUGAUGUGAAACCUAGAAUUGCAGAUGAACCAAUAGAAAAUUCUAGGAUUUGGAAAUUGACUGAAGUAAAUGAACCAUCACAGUGCCGCUCUCUGAGGCUUCCAGAUAAUUUGACAGCCAUGAGGGUUUCUAGACUGAUAUAUACAAAUUCCGGACUUUCUUUAUUGGGAUUAGCUUCAAAUGCAGUGCACAAGCUCUGGAAAUGGCAGAGAAAUGAUAGAAAUCUGAGUGGGAAGGCCACUGCUAGUGUAGUACCACAAUUAUGGCAGCCCUCUAGUGGAAUAUUGAUGACUAAUGAUAUUAGUGACACAAAUCCUGAAGAUUCCGUUCCGUGCUUUGCUUUAUCAAAGAAUGACUCUUAUGUUAUGUCAGCUUCUGGGGGGAAAAUCUCUCUUUUCAAUAUGAUGACAUUUAAGACAAUGACCACAUUCAUGCCCCCACCACCAGCUGCAACAUUUCUGGCUUUUCAUCCUCAGGACAAUAAUAUCAUUGCUAUUGGAAUGGAGGAUUCAUCUAUCCAAAUCUAUAAUGUUCGCGUGGAUGAGGUUAAAACAAAGUUAAAAGGUCAUCAGAAAAGAAUUACGGGCCUCGCUUUCUCUCACUCGCUAAAUGUGCUUGUAUCUUCUGGAGCUGAUGCUCAGUUGUGUGUUUGGAGCACAGAUGGGUGGGAGAAGCAGGCUAGCAAAUUCUUGCAAAUUCCACCUGGACGGGUUUCAGCUUCUCUUGUGGAUACACGUGUUCAAUUCCACCUUGAUCAGACCCAUCUGCUGGCAGUACAUGAGUCGCGGAUAGCUAUAUAUGAAGCACCAAAAUUAGAAUGCGUUAAACAGUGGUUCCCCUGGGAAUCAAGUGGUCCAAUUACGCAUGCCACCUAUUCCUGUGAUAGCCAGACAAUAUAUGUUAGCUUUGAAGAUGCAAGUGUGGGUGUUCUCACUUCUUCAACACUCGCGUUGAGAUGCAGAAUAAAUCCUACUGCUUAUUUACCUCCCAAUCCUAGUUUGAGGGUAUAUCCUCUUGUCAUAGCUGCACAUACAUCUGAGCCCAAUCAGUUCGCAUUAGGACUAACAGAUGGAGGAGUCUAUGUGCUCGAGCCCUUGGAGUCGGAAGGAAAAUGGGGCACCUCUCCUCCACUUGAAAAUGGUGCUGGUCCUAGCACCACUUCCAAUGCAGCAGGUUCAGAACAAGCUCAAAGGUGACAACUAAAUGUCCAUGGCGCUGACCAAGGUCCUUGAGUGUAUGUAUCUGUUUCUUGUGAUCCCGCUCCCUGGGUUCGCCACAAUGAUUUUCGAGGGGAAGCUGUGGAAAUUAGGUGUUAUAGGUUCAGCAUACUUCGCCGACCUGACAGAGAUCGUAUAAAUGACAUCAUAACUAGAUUGUCUCUCAAGGAAGGGUGUCACUGGUUCCCCUCAUCCAGAAUGAUUGGAGAAGCAUUAGUGUUUGUGCUGUAAAUUUAGGGGUUGAAAAAUGUGAAAAACAAAAUGGAAGGUGGUCUGAGAAUAGAAUUUUAAAGGUACUUUUUAGAGAAAAAGUUACGAGUUGGUUGGGCUGGGAGUACCGGCUGUUUAUUAUAUUCAUUUUUCAUCUAGCUCUCAUUCAAGUAUAGUGGUCUAACUGAUUGUCAUUGUUUUCUUAGACGUGAGCACAUACCAUACUGGAGACAUCAUUAUUACCCUCAUUCCUAUUUCUAUACAAUGUCAUUACUGGUUCUUCUUUA